AUGGCUCGCCGGCACCAGCGCGACCAAGUGUCCCUACGAAUUCCCCUACAAAAAAUGGCCCUUGUCCUACUGGUAACCUCGACUAACGACGAAGCAACCUUUGCGGCCUUGCUUAUUCUUUUAAUUGAAAGAAGACUCAGAGCAACAACUGGACGAAGGGGGCAUUAUGUGUCCCUACGAGAUUCCUUGGAAAAAUUGGCCCUUGUCCUGCUGAAGACUAGGGGCAUCAACUGGACGAGGGCGGCGUUAUGUGUCUCUUUAGGUGAAGAAUCCUACAACGAUACGUAUGGGUUGUACACCAACUCACCGAGCUCCUGGAAACCCGAAGUCGUCUUUUACUCGUCCGAAUCCGGUGAAAAGGUCGUCGAAUCGAUGAGGGUGUUGAUCGCGCAUUUGAUGAUGCCCUACGUCUAUGCUGUCUGCGCUUCCUUUCACGCUGCAAGCUCGUUCAAGGAUAUAGACCGCACUUCGAAAUAUCUGUUAGACAAAUACAUCCCAUCAUAUACUCUAACGCUCUGGGCACUCAUUAACGCACGGUCGUAUUACUGUAAGAGCAAGGCAUCUCACACGCCUGUAAUCGAGGCACUUCGGAAAACGACACGGUUGCAUUUUGUUCGCCAUGGCAGCCUGGAUCCUCUUCCGAACGCGGAGUUCGCAUUGCUUUCCGCCUGCCACACCGCUGAACAACCUCACGAUAGCCCACAUGAUGAAGUGCUUCGCCUGGCCACGGCAAUGCAGUCCUCUGGAUAUCGAAGCGUGAUUGGAACGAUACUAUUUACGAAUACGAAUACAAUGUGCAACUACGACGAGGGGGUUGAGGCGAAGUUCAAACGAGCGGCUACUGGUCUUCGCGAAGCAGCAGUAGAGUCAAAAGCACGAAUAUGGUAUUCAGACGGACUAAGUGAUGGAUCAACUUGUUUCACAUAG